UGUGGAUCGGAUAUCCGGCGUCGCCAUUUUGUUUUUCUCCAUUUCUUUCAAGGGUAAGGAAGGAAGUCAGAAAUAUGUUUCCUCUGGCAAGAUCCGCGCUGUCUCUGGCAGGUAAGGCCGCCUUGACCCUGCAUGCAGAGCAGGGAGAUCUAUAAACAAGCCUGGCUGGCAGGGGAGGCCAUGGCAGUGGGGGGGAGGUCUGACCUCUCAUUGAGUUAUCUGGGUAACCUGCAUAAUGGUCCUAAUCUCAUUAACUGUGUGAGUGCCAUGCAGCCAGUGUGUGAAUGCCAUUAGAUGUUUGAGACCAACAAAUUACUUGGGCACCUUUUCUCUGGUAAGUCAAACCUGCUCUUCCAAUACUAAACUGAGAGCUGCUAAUAGAAGUGUAAUUCUGCAUUCUGGCGCACGGGCAAUGGGUCAUUUUGCAUUCUGGCGCACAGGCAAUGGGUCAUUCUGCCUUCUGGCGCACGGGCAAUGGGUCAUUCUGCCUUCUGGCGCACAGGCAAUGUCAUUUUAUGUCAAUUCGAACACCUCUAGAUUGGUAGCUAUUCCCCUCCCUAUUUUAGAGCUGUUUUAGUUUAGGCUUGUCAUGAAAUGUUUUGUGGAUCAAUAUGUUUGCAAAAUACUGAUCUACAGCUAAAAAUAUUCUGAAAUCUUGUCAUUCGGUUAACAUUAUGGCUAGUCCUGAAGGGCAUCACCUUAGACAAGCUGCACACUAUGCUAGUAGGUCACCUCUUUGCAUUAAAUCAAAACAAAUAUUCCUGGCAGGAACAGACUUUUUUUUUUGUGUGUGUGUAUGAAUGUAUACACAAAUAAUUCUGCACAAUAAUUUUGAGAAAUCAAGAUUCCCAAAAUUUCUAGAUCUUCAGACAAUCAUAAUUGCUUUGACAAACAUUUGCAAUUCCAACAAAGUCAAGAGAUGGUACAAGACCAUUACUUUGUCUUAUGGUAUAACCUAAGGUUGACACAACUUGACAGCGACACCAUGAGAAUCAGGGUUCUUCUCAUGGAUAGUGAGACUUGGUCUAUAUAGAAUCUUACAGGAUGCUCUGUAUAAACCAGUGUUGUGCUUUCAUGCAUGCAUAGUUGUACAGCAGAUAGCUUCAUGGGUAAAAGUGUAUUUUAUUUGCCGUUUCGUUCAGGUGUGGAUUAAAUGGCAAAAUAACUAACUCCAAAUAAUAAAAUACGCUAAAAUACACUUUUACCCCCACAUUCUAGGUAAGACAAAUACUAUGAUUGUUAUUUUGCUAAAAUACACCUUACCCUUCAUGGUAAGUAUUUUUAACCUCUGCUGCAGCCUUCACACAAAGGAGGAUGUCACUUUGGCGGUCUUUGCCAAGUAUGCCCUGUUCAUUCCUAACAGUUGUGUUGCAAGGCAAAGUAUACAAUGGCAAGUAGCUUUCACGUCCGAAUAGUUGAGUACUCAGGAUUUUCAGCCUUUAUCCAAUGACAUUUUUAGUAAACAAGAUACAAAGAUGGUAAAAUUUAUGUUUACUGAUUUAUGAGCUGUUAUCCUUUAUUAGAAUGAACUUGCUUGUGAAGGUUAUAUAAUGCUUGUGUAUCUUUCUGUUCCCAGCUCGUGGUGUUCAGCGGUCUGUCUCUAGACAGGCUCAUCAUAAAGCGGGUCCUAACUUCCAUGACAAAUAUGGAAACAUCAUCCUGCUAUCGGGGGCUGUUUUCUGUGUCUCAAUUUGGAGCUAUGUGAGUAUUUUAAGAAUUUAUUUAACUAAACCUUUUCACAUGUAACACAUCUCUAUACAUUUGAAAGGGCUCUACAGCAGCACCCUGUAGUGGUAAUGAGUUCAGGAAUCCACAAUAAGGAGAUAUGUAGUUUUUCAAUAGUCUAUUUUCUUAAAUACUCAGGUGUCAACUUUCCUUCUAUUUUUCUUAAGUUUGCUGGGAGUUUCAUUAAAAAAAUGACACUUUUAAACCAAAAAAUAGUACUUGGACUCCUGACACCAAAACCGCAAUAGCGGGUUCUUUUUGCCCUGGUAACCUUGUCUCUGCUGCUUUGUUUUUCUCAGCAAACUCCGAUAUAGCAUUUACUGGGGUGAAGGAAAGCUCUCCUUAGAAGCAGAAACAAGUUGUUUUAAAGAUGGCUUUUACAAUAGAUGUGUGCAGGUUUAUUAAUAAAUGGUUUAUAAAAAUGUGACUUCUAUUAAACAAUCUUGCAUGGAAAACGUGCAGCUAACACCUAAACAACGCAAGAUGUGGUGUCCCUUUUAAUGUAAAAUGAUUAAAAGUUCUUGUGUACGAACUGGGGUAUUCAAUAAAGGGACACUAUAGUCAAAUCAGUUUUGACGUGUAUAGAUCAUGCCCGAGCAGUCUCGCUGCUCAAUUCUCUGCCAUUUAUGAUUUUGAUCACUUUGUUUAUGCAGACCUAGUCACACCUCCCUGCCAGUGACUUCACAGCCUUCCUAAACUGUGAAGAGAUCUAAUUUAUUAUAUCCUGCUCUGUUUUUAGCCUCCUAUACCGUGCAGGUGCCUUAUGUGUGGGAAAAGUUUACUUUACAGAGCAUGAGAUAAAAACUUCUAAUGCAGUUAUCAUCUGAUUGAAGUUAAACUUUUUUUAAUUUUUUUUUUUUUUAAGCAGAAUGUUUGUCACAGCCAGGGAAGGUAUGGUUAGGGCUGCAUAAACAGAAACAAGUGAUUUAACUCCUAAAUUGCAGAGAAUUGAGCAGUGAGACUACAGGAGCAUGCUCUACACACCAAACUGCUUCAUUAAGCUAAAGUACUUUUUUGAACAGUGUCCUUUUUAAAGCGAGAGUACAAAGUAAAGUUAAAACUAGCUAAACUGUAAACCCUUCUCAGCUAUUCUUCCAUUUUGCCUUCUUUGGCCUUCAAUUAAAUAUUCACUUUGAAUUCUAAUUUUAGUGAAUAACCCUGUGAGGUUUUACUAUAAACUAAUCCCCGGCUUCUGUCUUCUCUGAUGUUUGAGUUUGUGCUGAUCUUGAUGUGUCCGGGGGGAGGCACAGAUACACUUUCAUAUAUAUUCAAGUUCUCUUGUUGAAACCCUUGUGCCAGCUAUUAAGUGCAGUGUGCUGUGAUAACUUAGUUCUUAAAAGUACUCUAUGAUCCAUGUGGCAUUAAUCUGAGUAUUAGUUUGCCAUGGUGCUGGUGAGAGGCUGUGAGCAUCAGCUUAUCAGCCACCAAGACAACUUUCUUGAUCACUGCAACAACUGGAGUAGGUCUGUUGGCAGGUGUUGGGGGCAACUGAAUGGUUACCCCAUUUAAAAAUGGUUUAACCCUGUAAAGUAAAACAGCGCCCAGUGACUUGAGCCAUAACUGCGUCAUUAAAAUAGUUAUGGGAUGAUAGUAUUUCAUUCAUACUAGUAAAUACAGUCAAGGAAAUAGCUAUGUUAAAUUCAUCAUGCUAUUGGAGCAAGAUGUCAAGAUUUCUAAUUUUUCAUGUCUUCCACUAGGGGGCAAUAACAUGCAAUAAACUGUGUAAUUUAGGUCUUGGAAAUUGUUUACAUAUUAGUCAUGUUCAAUAGAAGUUCAGUUUUAAACACCUUGCAUUACUGCUUUAUUUUCAGGUGGUCACACAGACUGGAAUCACUUGGAAUCUGUCUCCGGUUGGCAGAAUUACACCAAAGGAAUAUAAGGACCAAUAGAUUUGAUGUGGCUUUGUUGGACUUCCUUUAAGAUGCUUAUACUGUGUACAUAAACACGUUGUCUGCAAACUCUAUAACUCCGCAUAGGAGCUUUCAGUUGUAAUAAAUCCAGUCUCUAACUCUUAA